CUGAAAUAGAUCAGAUGAGACAAAUGCAUUGAAUUAAAUAUGGAGGAAACAACUACAAUUCUAGUUGAGGAAUUCUUCAAUUAUACAAGUUGGAACGGAACGGGAUCAUGUUUGGGACAGGAUUCUCUUAAUGUUGCUGGACUUAUCGCCAUCUUGGUUUUCUACCUUGCAGUCCUUGCGGUUGGGAUGUAUGCGGGAUGGAAAUCAAGAAAUGAGGAACAAAACCAGGAACAGGUUAUGUUGGCUGGUCGUGAUAUUGGUAUGUUUGUUGGUGUGCUGACCAUGGGAGCAACAUGGGUCGGAGGAGGGUUCAUAAAUGGGUCAGCUCAAGAAGCAUACAAGUCAGGACUUAUCUGGACUCAGGCACCCUUUGGAUACAGUCUGUCGUUAUUCAUCAGCGGCACAUUUUAUGCCAGGAAGAUGCGUGAGUCCCGCUAUGUAACAAUGAUUGACCCGUUUACACAAAAAUAUGGGAAAUGGGGAGCACUGCAGGUUAUACCAGCUUCAAUAUCGGAGAUUUUCUGGAGUGCCAGCAUCCUCGGAGCUUUAGGAUCAACGUUGCAGGUGAUUCUGAGUUUGGAUGAAACUAUUUCUAUAAUAGUCAGCGCUGCAAUAGCACUUCUCUACACGAUGCUAGGAGGUCUCAUAUCAGUAGCGUAUACAGACGUAGUUCAAAUGUUCUUUAUCGUCAUUGGUUUGGUGAGUAGUAAACAGUCUUUAUUGUCUCUGGUUUGGUGAGUAGUAAGCGGUCUUUAUUGUCUCUGGUCUGGUGAGCAGUAAACAGUCGUUAUCUUCUUUGGUUUGGUGAGUAUUUAGUAGUCUUUAUCGUCUUUGGGCUGGUAAAUAGUAAACGGUCUUUAUUGUUUCUGGUUUGGUGAGCAGUAAACAGUCUUUAUUGUCUCCGGUCUGGUAAAUAGUAAACAGUCUUUAUUGUCUCUGGUCUGGUGAGUAGAAAACAGUCUUUAUCGUCUUUGGACUGCAUCUGAUUAGUGAACAGUCCUUCGUCUUUGGUCUGGUAAGUAGUGAACAGACUUUUUUGUAUUUGGUUUUCUGAGUAUUAACAGUCUUUUUCGUAUUUGGUUUCAGAGUAGAAAACAGUAUUUAUUGUCUUUGUUCUGGUGAGUAGUGAACAGUCUUUAUUGUCUUUGGUCUGGUGAGGGGUGAGCAGUCUUUAAUGUCUUUGGUCUGGUAAGUAGUAAACAGUCUUUAUUGUCUUUGGUCUGGUGAGUGGUGAACAGUCUUUAUCAUCUUUGGUCAAAAAGCGCAAAAAGUUAUCUAAUGAAAGAGGUAUGUCCAAAACAAACUUAAGGCACUUUUACUAAAAGUAAGCCUUUGUGUGUGUUAGGGAUUUGCUGAGAAAGAAAUAAAAGCAAAAACAAUUUCCAUGAAACAAAAUAUUUUGUUCAAUCAGAACACAUUGCCUUCA